AAUUCUGAAAGAGCUUUCAAACUUGACAACUGUACACCAAAGUAAUCCAAGUUGUGCAAAAUCCAGACUAUCCAAGUUGUUUUUCUUGUCCGAAUUCCUUUGGCAUGAACCGUCUUCGUACUGACUUCAGCGUCCCGGAAUGGGCAUCAGCUGGGUUGGGCUUGGCAUCGUUGUGGCGAAUGAAUCAGAGUGCAAGCGCAGCGAGUUUCGGGAAUCUGGCAAUGUCUGGCACAAGGAAUGGGGAUUUCAGCAAGGUCAGAGGAGUUGCAUUGACCAGCUAUUUGUGGUUCUUUUUGUCGUUCCCAAAGGCAGCAUGACCACCAAUUACAAAGUAGCGACUGCUGCUGGUCGUGAGUAUCAACAGUCUCAGGUGAAGGAAGAAGUCAAAGAGGAGGUCAUUUCGAGGUUUGAGGAGGAUACCAAAAUGGAAAAGGACAAGAAGGAGAAGAAGAAAGACAAGAAGGCCAAAAAGGCAGCAAAGAAAUUGAAGAAAAUGGAGAAGAAAGCUGCAAAGAAGGAUAAGAAGGCAAAGAAGGAAGCCAAGCUCCUCGAAAUUGAAAGAGCAAUGCAGGAAGCUCGUGGCGUAAAGCGGAAGUCCAGCUCCUCGAGCAGCUCCUAG